AUGGCGCAGGAGGCCAGCGACGUAGACAUGACCAACGACGAGGCGUCAACGCUGCUGUCUUCGUUCGCCAAGGAGAAGCGAAUCGACGAUUGCAUCGGACUUUUGCGCUACUGCGAAGAAAAUCACGUCUCGGCUCAAGGCAUUCCGAAUAUUGGUGGCGAAAUGGACGAGUUUGCACUUCGGUCUAUUGCGAUAUUUGCGGAUAGAGCAGGCGAGGCGGACCUGGCGCUGAAGGUCUUGUCCUUGAUGGACAAGGGGGACGACAGCGUCCCUCUGGAUAUCUACAUGUCGGUGUUGGAGGCGUGUGGGAAGCAGGAGCGGUGGAUGGAGCUGGUGAAAGUGUACAAUGAAAUGAGGGACAGUCCCCGCCCCAAGUUGUACAGCACCCCUCUGGCGUUGAUCAUCCGAGCACACGCUCGGAGUGGGAGGGACGAUCUGGCACGACGCGGCCCGAAAAUCUUCACGAAACACAUGAAGGGCGACGGGUGGAGCACUCCUCCGUGUAACGCGGUGCUGGAGGCGCUGCUGAAGUCGCGUCAGUUUGAUAAGCUGUUUGCAAUGGCCGACACGAUGCGGCAGCGAGGUGUGGAGUUGGAUUCGUUCUCGUACAAGAUGAUGACACUGGCGCAUAUCGAGCGCGGCACUGCUGACCGGGCCAAGGAGUUGCUAGUCGCGAAUGCGGACAAGAUCAACGAAAGAGGAUUAGAGUGCUACCGCGAGCUCGUUGCGUACUACAUGAAGGUGCGUGGAGAUCCUGUCGAGAUCUGCCAACUGUAUCUGGAUAUGGUACAGAAUGGCGUGCAGCUGGACCAUUCAGACUGGAAGAAUGCGCUGGAGCUGUCACUUGGUCUUCCGGAUCAAACGAUGUACUGGCGGUUCCGCAGACAGGUGCAGCAAGAUAAAUCAAGCGAAGUGUUGAUCCCUCCCCGGUUGCUGAUAUCGGAACGGGAAGAGAAGCACGAGCAAGGCGUAGCACAUAUCGAGAAGAAGGAAAAGCAAGUCCAGCCCGAACAGAUGAAACCUCAACCCUUGAGCGCCACGACGGGGAUAUCCCCAAAGCUGGAGAAGUUGGAUGUAAUUAGUGACAAGUGGAGUGCAGGCGAAGAGUUGACAGAGGCAGAAGCUUUCCAGCUUCUCACGCAUUUCGCCAACGACAGACGGAUCGACGAGUGCGUAAUGUUGUUGCGCCACUGCGAAGAUCAUGGCAUUUCUCCCGAUUCUUCUUCGCAGCGCGAUUCGUUCCGCGCACUGUGCGAUGCGAAUCAGUUCGAGCUCGCCCUGGAAGUGUUCAAGACGUUGCACAAGGACAAGAACCUCUUGCAGCCGUGGGUUUUCGGGCGGGCACUCGAUGUGGCGAUCAAGUUGAAUCGGAAGGACGUCGUGAACUACGUUUUGCGUCGCUUAGUGAGUGAUGACAGAGCGUUCGGCGGCUACAAAGUGAAGGCCAGUGGGAAGGGAGUGCACGCGGUAGUGCGUGCUGCUGUCGAUCGCGGUAUCAAACUGCCGAAGUUUGCUCUCCGCUCGCUUGCUUCUUUCGCGGACCGAUCGGGGGACUUUGAGCUGGUAGACGACAUCUUUUCCAUCAUGAAGAGCCAAGACAUGAAUGUUACGCUCGAUGUGUACGGGGCGGUGCUGAAUGCGUACGGACAGACUGGUCGAUGGAACGACGUGCUGAAAGUGUACAAUUCGAUGCCGGAGAGUGAGCGCGCGCGGAUGCACGGAGCCACUCGCAGUUGGGUAGUGACAGCGAACAGCCACCUUAAUGAUCAAGAACCUAAAGCACUCAAAGCUGGCGCGCGCGACAGCGCACCCAAACCAGAGGUAUCGGAUGUGUUGCUGGCUCGGAAGACGUUUGACGACAUCAAAGAACAGAGAAACAGCGGCCAGAGGCUGAGCAACAACUUGGCGUCGACUCUGCUCAGUACCAUGGCGGAGCACGGGCGUGUUUAUGAUUGUAUCGAGAUGAUGAGCUACUUCAAAGAGCUCGGUGGGGCGACCAAGCCGUUUGCAGAUCGGGCGGCGUUUACUGCGUUUUGUGACGCAGGCGAGUUUAAGCACAAAGCUAUCACGGCCAUUUUCCGAAAGUUGGUACCGGGGGCGGAUAAUUUGGAGGUGGGCUAUAGUAAUAAUCGCGUAUACGACUUGCUGCAUGAAGCUAGCUGUCGUGGGGUGGAUGUGCCGAAGUUUGCGCUCGAGAGUCUUGCUAGUUUCGCCUACAAGGCCGGUCACUCGGACCUAGCGCUGACUGUCUUGUCCACGAUGGAGCACGAAAACAUGAACGCUUCUAGUGAUGUCUUCGGAGCAGCUAUUAGCUCCUGCCGCAAGGAUUGUCGGUGGAGUGAGGUCAUCCAAGUGUUCGAGGGUAUACCCGAAGAUCUGCGUGCGAACUUGAUCGGCGGGAGGCUAGGCGACAUGGAGAGCCGUGGAGUCAAGUGGAACUCGAGGACGUACAGAGCUGUCGCUUUGGCGUAUGUCCGGUCCGGCCUGGUUGAUAAAGCGAGGGCGUUCCUGAGUGAGAACGCGAAGCAGCUACAGACUGACACCGUUGGCAUCUACCGUGAACUCAUCCAGCAUUACAAUGAAUCCCGUGGAGAUCAUCUCAGGGCCUGUCAGUUGAGCGUGGACUUCAUCGAGAACAACCGACACCUCACGUUUUCCGACUGGCACAAUGCUCUCCAGCUCACGUACGAGCUGCCGGAUCGAGAUCUGUACUGGCGUAUUCGCAAGCGGCUGUGGCUGUACGGUGCAGCUUCGGAGCAGAGGAUGCCGUCUCAUUUGAUGCUGACGGAACGCGAGGGCAGAGUCGGUCGGGGCUUGUCCCUGUUUCGAGACGAAAGCUCCGACAUGGUCCAGCAUCUGAUGCCGCCCAAGCCGGUCGACGUCUCCCUCGCGCUGGAGGUUUUCGACGAUAUCUGGAACGCCGAUGGCUCCGGUCUGACCAGGAACACGGCCACGAAGCUGCUCGUGACGAUGAUCGAGCACGAACGCCUCGGCGAUUGCGUGGAGAUGCUCGAGUUCUUCAAGGAGCACAGAGUCUCCCCCAAAGCUUUCGCUCUCUCCGCCGCGUUCAGACUCUUCUGCGACGCAAACGACGAUGACCAGGCGCUGCAAGUGGUGGAAAUGUUGGUACAGGACGGUGUGUCCUUGAAGGCGAGGGAUCGCGCUCUCGCGUUGAGUGUUGCGAUGAAGUUGAACAAGCACGAACUGGUGAACUCCAUCGUUCGGCACAUGAAGAAGAAGGCCAAACACUUGAGCGCCAGCGAGUUCGAACAGAUCGCCAGCGACUUUGGACGUACUGGCGAAUGGGAGUCAACGAUUCGAAUGCUGCCCGUUAGUAAGCACUGA